AUGUUUUUUUUUUCUACAGUAAAAUCAAAUUUAGUAAUCACUUGUAGUGAUACUAAUCACUGCCAAAUAUGCCACCAAAUUUUGAGAAGUUGUUUUUUAUCUGGAACAUCAGAAAUUGCAAAAUGUGUGUCUUGUGAAGAAAAGCAUCACAACAUACUGCCUUGUUUAGAAUAUUCAAAGGAAAUUUUGAUGAGUCAAAGUGAAAUUGAAGCAUUUAUUGAAUUGCAUGAAGAAGAUUACUUAAAAACAGAAAAUUUCGAUAGUUUAAUAGAAGAAAUAGUUGAUUUUUCCAAGGAGGUAUUAGGAAAAACUACAGAAGAUGAAAAAAGCGACGAUGAACUAAAAAAAAAAAAAAUAAGACAAUUAUGUCUUUAUGUUAAUUUUCAUGAUACUUAUGAAAAUGCAAAAUUACAUGAGCAAGCUUCUGUUGAAAAAGUGCAAGAGAAUAUAAAAAAUAUUAUUGAUAAAUAUACAACUGAUACUAUAGAUAUGGAAAAAGUAAAAAAAUCAUUAAAUCAUCCUGCUCUAUGCUUACAAAAUCCAGAGGAUUGGAUAACUGAUAGAAUGGGUUUAGAUGAUCUUGAUGUUCCAUCUUCUGGAGUUAUAAAUCAUAAUGAAAUUUUUGAAUCGUAUGAUGAUCAUAACCUAAAGAAUGAUUUUAGUGACAAUAAUUCAAAAUGUAAUAGGGAUUAUUGUAAUAGAUUCGAUGAUACAAAUGAAUGUGAAUAUAAUAUCAGAGUUUUAAAUCAAGGAACUUGUGGUAAUUGCUGGGCUUUUGCUGCUUCUACUGUUGUUUCAGCCUAUAGAUGUAGGUCAGGCUUGGGAUUUGCUGAACCUUCAGUCAAAUACACAACAUUAUGUAAGAGUAAAUUUUUUGGGGGACAAUCAAGACGUUCUUAUUAUCCGGGAUAUACAACUUCAGCUUGUAAGGAAGGAGGGCAUUUAGUUCAAUUUUUAAAAGUAUUAGAACAUACUGGAACAUUACCAACUUCUUCCAAUAUUCCUUACUUUCCACCAUUGAAUACACCUCAAUGUCCUUAUGUUGACCCCUCAUGGCCAAAUAUAUGGGAAAGGGUUACAUUAUUGAAUACUGGAAAUUAUGGUUACACAUAUCAAGGAUUUUGGAAAAUAAGUUUUAGAGAAUACGCACAAAGAAAUAGAACUCAGGAUUUAAUAAAUAUAUUAAAAGAUUUAGUUAUGAAACAAGGUGGUAUAUUUGUAACUAUGCAAAUAUCUGGAAAACUAAGCUAUGAUCAUGAUGGAUCUCGUCCUAUGAUGAAUUGUGAAUAUGGAAGACCAGAGCAUGCAAUAACAUUGAUAGGAUAUGGAAAUUAUACUGGAUAUGGAGGAAGACAAAGUUCUUACUGGUUAAUUAGAAAUAGUUGGGGACAAAAAUGGGGAGAUAAUGGAAACUUUAAAAUAGAUAUGUAUGGACCAUCCAACUGUAAUGGUGCAGUUUUAGCUGAUGCAUACCCUCUAAAUUUAAAAAUGGAAGGCAGUAGAAUAGAUGUUCAAUUACCUAAUGAUUAUGCAUCAAAGGAUUCCCAUAAAAAAAAUGAUCCUAGACCAAAUCCAAACCCAUAUCCAAGACCUGGUCCUUAUCCAGGACCAACACCAAGUCCUAAUCCAAAUCCAUAUCCAGGACCAACUCCAAGUCCUAACCCCAAUCCAUACCCAAGACCUAAUCCAUAUCCAGGACCAACUCCAAGUCCUUACCCUAACCCAUACCCAAGACCUAAUCCUUAUCCAGGACCAACUCCAAAUCCCAGUCCAUAUCCAAGACCAAAUCCUAAUCCCAGUCCAUAUCCUAAUCCAAAUCCAUAUCCAAGACCAAAUCCUAAUCCCAGUCCAUAUCCUAAUCCAAGUCCAUAUCCAAGACCAAAUCCUAAUCCCAGUCCAUAUCCUAAUCCAAGUCCAUAUCCAAGACCAAAUCCUAAUCCCAGUCCAUAUCCUAAUCCAAAUCCAUAUCCAAGACCAAAUCCUAAUCCAAGUCCAUAUCCUAAUCCAAAUCCAUAUCCAAGACCAAAUCCUAAUCCCAGUCCAUAUCCUAAUCCAAGUCCAUAUCCAAGACCAAAUCCUAAUCCCAGUCCAUAUCCUAAUCCAAGUCCAUAUCCAAGACCAAAUCCUAACCCAAGUCCUUAUCCGUUGCCCAGUCCAGCUCCUACACCCAAUCCUUAUCCAUUACCGAGUCCAGCUCCUACACCCAAUCCUUACCCAUUACCUAGUCCAUCUCCUAUGCCCGGUCCUUAUCCAUUUCCUACACCUUUUCCUAGACCUUACAUGAGACCAUAUGGUCAUAGAUAUGCAAGGUAUUUUCCAUACAGUGGAUAUUACCCUUAUCGUCAUUACUAUAAUAGAGGCUUAGGAAAUUCCAGUGAUAAUUCAGAAAUUAAUGAGGAUGAAAAUGGUGAGAUAUUGGGAAUUUAUGAUCAAGGUAAAUUAUCUGGUAGUAACUUUGAUGAUAGUUUAUUAGAUAUUAAACCUGAAUCCAGUAACGCUGAUAAUGAGGGUGUAUUACAAAAACAUAAUAUUAGUUCUGAUAAUUCAGACAUUAUAACGUUAGAUAUAGAAACUGAGCUUGAUCCUCAGAUAGGCACAAUAGAAGACUCAACAAACAAAAAAAGUUUAGAACAGAAUGAGAAAACCUUUAAAACAGAUGUAUCUGUUAAAAUUAAUGGAGUUGAAUACAAAAGAACCGUUAUAUCUAAAAGAAAAGAUGAACACAAAGAAAUUUAUUCAUGCUUAAGAACAUUUUCUUUGGAUCCUACAUUUGAUUCUUUAUGUCGUAUAAAUUGUGAACUUUUCUUAAAUAAUUGUAAAGAGUUUUCAUCAAUUGGUGAAUGCUUAAGAGAUUAUGCACCAGAUGAUAAUUGUAUUUAUUGUGGAAUGUAA